AUGACGUUUGAACUACAUUUCUUCUUCUUCUUCGUUGUUAUAUAUUUAGGGGCUGCCCAGCGUCAAAAUUAUUCCCUUUCAAGGAAUGCAUCUUGUAAAACUGGAGCAGAUUUGGUCCGGGCGCUUGCGGACCCCGCGAUCGAGGCAGCAUACCUUGAAAGAGAUAUAUCUUUAACUGAGGAUGAUUGGGCGGGGCACAACUCGGGCUUGAUCCUGGAGCGAAGUUUUACCCUUGCGUCCCCAGCAUCUCGUCCAGUUAUAUUGAAUCUGGGCUUCUUGCGCAGUAAGCUACGCGUCAGCGCCAACCGAACGUUGACGUUUCAGAACCUGGUGCUCGUACAUUUUCGAUCGGGGUCCAGCUUCCAGGCCCCUGGCCUGGACUUGCUCUCGUCGCUGCCAUCUGGGGAGCAAGCCUUCCUGCACUUUAAGGAUGGCUACCUGCUGAGCCCGUUUUGUUUUCCUAUCUCUGUUGCAAGGGAAGCAUUAGCCACGGUCAAGCGACCGCUACAGUACGGCGGUGAGAACGUCGUGCAGUUGCCCGGACCGCUGCCAUUGCCGCCCUCCAAAUGUUCAAACGACACCGAAGCAUACAUGCUUGAGCGCUGCUUCGUCUACACGGGCUUGUACGUCGAUUUUGCCUUCUACGGCGCUGAUGUACAGCAGCCGGGUGACAUAUCGAAACCCAGCGGCUACUUGAUCCGCUUUCAGAAUUUCAGCUAUCUUUGCCCUUGGGUACUAGCUGAUGACUGCAUUUUAAAAUACAACCCCCUGGGAUGCGUUCGGUACACUCUAUUUGCGCAAGCCAAUGCCUCAGCGAAUCGCAGUGUCAGCGGCAGCGGUGGCGUGAGGCGCAAGCAAGUGACCAUUUCGCUGACCUGUACCCUGGGAGGGGCAACUGUGCUUAUUAUGGCGCUGGCAGUGGGUUUCCUGGUUAGGAAACGUGCACGGCAGCAGCGGGAGCAGGAGCAGCAGCGGCAGCAGGGCAUACUAGCAGGGAGCGCGCUGCCGCAGGACCGAAGCUGCUGCGCUGCCAUGAGUUUGCCCGCCGUGAAUGGGGUGGUUCGCGGAGCAGCCGAGGAAAAGGGCGCGAGCGAUUUCGAGGACAGUGGCAGGGGUUCACGGGCAACGAGUCCUCAGCAUGUCGGCAGCAGCAAUAACAAACCUAGCGACACGGCUACCGCAGUAGCAGGUGCCGUCGGCAUCGCCACCGACGCCACCGACGCCGCUGAUGACCGUCGAGGAUUACCAGCAGCCCUGGCCCCCUCGGCUACAGCAGUGGCGACGGCGGCAGCGGUGGCGGCGCCGCUUACGGGCGACGAAGGUGGUCUUGCCACAGGGGAUUUAGCUGGGGAAGCCGCUGACUUAACGGCACCUUAUGCAGUGGAGUUGAAGCCCCGGGUCCUGGGGAAAGGCGCGACGGGGCGUGUGUACGAGGGAACGUACCGAGGGCGCCCCGUAGCAGUCAAGGUGGUGCUGGGCGGCGGCGGCGGCGGCGGCGGCAAUGGCAUGAACAUCAACGCGGCGGCGGCGGCGCGGCGACCGCGACAGCGCCAACGGACUACGGCGCAAGCGCAAGUGGGAGUUUCUAUGGUGUCGUGUGGGACUUCAGCAUCGUCAGCCGCCCGGUCAAACAGCUGUCUGUCUGCGUUCAGAUUCCUCAGCUUUCCCUCCCAACUGCAAGGACGGGUCCCGACCGAAGCUCUCCCUGUAGACGUACAGCCUGGGGCCGCGGCUGAUACACGACCAGAUAAUGUGCAACAACAACAGAACCAACAACAACAGAACCAACGACAGCAACAACAGCAGGAUACAAACACAUCAUGCGUUAAAGUGAUCCUUAACCUGGAGGACCUUGCCGGGUCGAGGGUAACCAUGCCAGCAGCGCUGGAGAGCUUUCCAGGUUUUGCGCCCACUAACGCGGCCGCGUCGUCGUCGUUGCCACCUGCAGUGGCGUUGCUGAUGGAAACUUCCCUGGAGCACCUCAUCUACGGUUCCGGAGCCCGGACACUCAUUCCGCUGGCCAAGGUUCUUCACAUCGCAGCGGAGGUGUGUUCCGGUCUCGAGUACCUGCACCCCACCGUCACACACCGGGAUUUAAAGCCCGCCAACGUGCUGCUCAAUAACGCGUACUCGGCCACCCCGGAGGUCAAAUUGAUUUUGGACUCGCGCGCAUUCAAGCUAUUACACAGCCCACCCAGCAUCCUGGGGCGGGCACGAGUGUUACGACCUGGACAACAAGCUCAUCACACAUCAUGUGGACAUGUACUCGCUGGGGGUGCUGUUGUGGGUAAUGUUGACUGGGCAGCGGCCUUGGAACGUAGGUAUGGGUUGGGGGGUGGAUUACGUUGCGGGUUGGCGGGAUAUCCCAUUGUGGCGGUCGGCUACAAGGUGACUGUUUUGAAGGAGAGACUUCCCCUGGAGCAGCUGAGCAAUCGCCGUUGUCCGCCCAAGCUCAAGCAGCUAGUGCGCCGGUGCUGGGAGGAGGACCCACGGAGGCGACCCGCCGCGGCGGAAGCGGCCAAAGAGCUUAGGGCGUUGAGGCAGCAGGUGCUUGGGGGCGGCAGCUCCGGAAGCAUGCUGGGAAGGAGCAUCCUGGAUGGAUUCCCAUGGCUGCGGCGAUCACUUCCCCACGCGAUAAACAGCCCCCAGCGUGUACUGGCUUCUUACAGACCUGGUGCUAUCGGGGUCCCCGCACAGCCCGCGCCUCACUGGGGAGACGUCUGCGCCUCUGUCGACCCCUGCCUGAUGCCGGGGACGGUGACGUUGGGGGCAUUUGAAGGCCGUACGAGAGGCAGUACGCAGGCGAACGCGACACCGCAGGUAGCUGCUCAGCCGCUGCUGGCCGGCAACCAUCAGGGCGGCUUCGUUAGCGGCGGACCACUGGGGAUAACCUCCGACUUAACUGCCGCUUUUGGGGCUCCGAGUGUUCCUUAUCCUUGGGCUGUUGCUGUUGCGGAGCCGGCAGUUGCAGGAGUGGAUGUGGAGGCGGCGAUGGUGGAGGGCCUCUCAGCGGGCCGGCAGCUGUCCCAACAACAACAGCAGCAGCAGCAGCAGCAGCCGUGGGGGAGGCAGCCAGAAGUGGAGGCUGCGGGUUCGGAAAGCAAUUCGGAAUCGCUGUCCGAGGAAACCUUAAAAACCUUGAUGAAAGGAAUCGAGCUGGAAAUGGACUGA